GUCGUGGAGGAGGGUUUGUCGAGGCUCCGGGGGACUUUCCGGCGGGGUCCAGAGCUGCGGCAGCUGCUGCAGGCGGGCCAGGUGGCCGCCUCUCUAGCCUUUGUGGCGCUUUACAUCUGGAGCACAUACGAACCCGCCGCCAGAGGGUCAUGGCGCCACACCGCCGAUCUGGCCCUGUCAGUGGUGUUUGCGGUCGACAUGGCGACGAGAAUCAAGUCGGCGGGUUCUUCCUGGCUGCACAUGCUGGUCACUCCGCACAGCCUGCUGGAUGUGGUUUCAUUCGCCCCGGGGCUUCUGGAGCUAUGCGGGGCGGGGUGGCUGGGGGUGGGGCUGCAGGGUGUACGACUGGAUUUGAGGUGGUUUCGGAUUUUCAGGGCGCUCCGGCUGCUGCGGCUGUGUUUGCUGACCGGCAACCUGCCCCUCAUGAAGCUGAGUCGCUCCGCCCUCCUCAGUGGGGCUGUGAACGUGCGGCUGAUGCAGCUUGUGGCCAGCGUGUUGGCGCUGCUGUUCACAUCCGCCUCUCUGGUCCAGGCGGUGGAGAGGCUGCCCUGGCAUGACGCGCUGUACUUCGUGACCACCACACUGACUACGGUGGGGUACGGAGACGUGGUGGUUAAGACAACGGCGGGCCGCUUGAUCGUUUUGGUGUUCAUGGCGGUGGGUGUGGUGCUCAUCCCUGUCCGGACCUCCCAGCUGUGGGCCCAGUUGGCGUCACGCCGCAUCACGGCGGGCACACUGACCCCCGGCCGACCCGUGGUUCUGCUCAGCAGCCGGCUGACGGAGGUCCGCGGCUUCGCGGACCUGACCGAGGAGUUCUUCCACCAGGUGUCUGCCGACUUCUGUGAAGUCAAUAUGACAUUUUCGGGUUCAGCACCUACCACUGCCACCGCCACCAUGCAUCGGUUCGUACCCCACAAUGUGCACCUGAUGGUGCUGGGCAACAAACCGUCGUACGAGUUCGUCGCGUUCCAGGAGCUCCACGAGCAGCGCAUCAGCCUGGUGGAGGGCAGCGUGCUGAGUGCUGCGGACCUCGUGAGGUGCCGGGCGGAGGCGGCGGCGGCGGUGCUGGUGCUGGGGGACAGGUUCGCGCACGAUGCGGCCGCGGAGGAUCUGGACGUGUUGUUCCGGGUUUGGGCCAUCAAGAGCUACACGAAGUGCGUGCCGCUGACCGUGCAGGUCCUCCGUGCCUCCUCCCUGGCCAAGGUGUCCCCCUUCCUGGACGCACACCAGGACGUGCUGAUGAGCGUGGAGCAGAUGCGUCACCGCCUGCUGGCCCUGUCCGCGCUGUGUCCGGGGGCCAGCACGCUGCUGGGGAACCUCCUGCACACCGCCCAACCCGGGGGCAGGGGAGGGGGAGGGGGAAGGGGGGAGGAGCUGCGGGACAGUGUGUUUCGCCCACGCGGCUCCCCCCCGCCCAAGCUCGCGGGUCGAACCUGGUUUGCCGACCGCCGACUGGCCCCGGCGGACCAGUUGCUGGUCAUCGCACACAGCGAAAAACACGCACUGGAAGUGAAGGCGCCCACCGUCGCGGCGGCGGCGGCGGCGGCGACACAGCAGGCGGAGGCAGAGGAGGAGGCGGUAGCGGCGGCGACGGCGGCCGCGGCCGCGGCCGCGACGGCAGCAGCAGCGGCUCAGGCCCGAGAGGCCGCCGACGCCUUCGGUGGCGGCGGCGGCGACGGCGGGGGUGGUGAUUUCAGCGAUACAGACACACAACAACAACAACAACAAUUCAUGCAGCUGCAGCAGCAGGCGGCAGCCGCCACCGCCACCGCGGCGGCGGUUCCACCGUCGUCUGCUGACGUCACCUGCACUGGUAGCGGCGGCGGCGGCGGGAGUGGUAGCGGCGGCGCGGCCCGUGUGAAGCGUUACUUCCCCUCCCUGGCGUCGUGGGACGAGGACGUACCCGAUUACUACCCAGACAAGGAGGGAACGUUCUUUUCCGGACAGUACGGCGAUGCUAGCCGCGACGGCGGCGACAGUGUACGACGGCAGCGGGGGGGUUGCGAAGGCGGGUUCUGGAACGGAGGCGACGGCGACGGGCCGGAGGCGGCUGAGAAGGAUGCGGGGCGGAUCGGCCACGGGGGGGAGUGGGUGCUUGGGGGGAGGGGAGACCGUGUCGAGCCAGGGUUACGUCGUCGUACACCUGAGCCGGGAGGAUCCAGCAGUGGGGAUGUGAUGUACGGCAUUACGGAGGUGGAUGCGUGGAAGCAGGAGGACGUCACACCUGAAUCAGAGGACGGCUGUAGCGAAGGUGGCGGCGCCGCCGGUGCUACCGCCGCUGUCGAGCCCCGUGUCAGCCUAUUGCAGUUCGCCGGUACUCGCUACUACCCAGCUACUGCUGCUACUGCCAGCAUCGAUGGCGGUAGAAUUAACAGCAGCCGCAGUUCUGUUGGCAGUAGCAGCGAGAGCGGAAGAAACGCGGUGGGCUGUCAGGAUAGCGGAGCGGCCCUGCCGUACUUGAGCAGCGUUAGCAGCAGCAGUAGCAGCAGCAAGGACGACGGGGACGGCAGCAGAAGUGGUGGCGAGGGGGGCGGCGGCGCCAAUGCCCCGAGUAUUACUGGCAGCGGCAGCCUGGCGGUGUUCACGUCACCGUACCUCGACAAGCGUGUCGUACCGACGGAGGCCGACAUUGGCGCCGUACAUACCGCCGCCGCGCCGGCGCCCACUCCUUCCGGGCCUGGCGUACGGACGCCGUACAGCGGCAGUAGUGGCAGCUUAUCCUUUAGCAGCCGCAUCACCAGCGGCGGCGGAGGCAGCAUCGGCGCGCGUGUCGGGAUUAGCAGUAGCAGUAGCGUUGGCGGCUGUAGCACUCGCAAAGGGAAGAACUCCGGAACCCCCAGCGGCGGCAGUAGCACCCACCAGACGGGAUAUAGAGCCAGUGCGUUUCAGACUGUGCGGCACCAGCCGCCGCCAAACCCCGCGGGCCGCCCGUACACCCUUGCAGACGCCCCCUGGCGGCAGCCCCCUCCCGUCACCUCUUGUCCCGCGGGGCGGCGGGGUCACCUCAUCCUGGCCGGGGCCAUUGACAGCUUUGUGGAGUUCGCCCGGGUGUUGCACAGCUGCGCCGGGAUGAGAGACCCCGUCACCGGCAUCAGCAGUUUGGAGGUAGUUGUACUGCACCCCAACCCGCCUGAGGCUGCCGUACUUGCCCUGGGCGCCAUGGGCCCCACUCGCGUGGUCCGGGGCUCCCCCGCGGACCCCCGGGCGCUGCAGCAGGCGGGGGCGGCGCAGGCUAGGUGUUUGGUGUACCUGGGGCCCAGCGAGCGACCCGCAGGUCACCGGAGCUCCGCCACUCCCUCCUCCUCCGCGGACUACUCCCCCUAUUCACCAUCAGCAUCAUCCGACACCGCCACCACGUCCUCCUCCGCAGAUUACGGCUCCACCAGCCGUGCAGGGGUGCAGGCGGACGCUGAGGCGCUCCUGACCUGCUACGGCGUCGGGGAGGAGUCCGUUCCCCUGGUUUCGGAGGAGAGUGCGGACGAGUGCGUGCUGACGGCGGCUGACUGGGGCGCGGGACUGACGCCGCUGCAUUCGGCGACGGCGGCGCCCGCAGGAGCACCUGCAGCCGGCGACAGUCAUGCCGACAACGCCGGCGGCGGUGGCGGCAGGCCGUACAUGUCCAGUGCCGUACGAGGUCACAGUGUGGUGGAGCUGUCGUUUACAUCUUCCGUACGAUUCCUGCAGCCCGGGCUGCUGCUGCAGGGUACGAGCGUAUGGGACGAGUCGUGCAGUGUGGGAGGUACGGCCGCCGUGCCACGGCGCAGCUGGCGGCAGCGUCGUGAGGCGGAGGUGGCGGCCGCCGCUUACGGCCUGGUUCAGUGGCAGACCAACAUCUACUACGGGGCUGGUCGGGUGGUGGUGCCCGCCUUGGUGGACACCUUCACCAUCCAGGCAUUUGCGAAAAGGAACCUGCUGCUAGAUGUGAUGUCGGAGCUGUGUGGGGACGACGGAAGACCCCAGGGUACCCCCUUGCGCUUGCUGCCCGUGCCCCGGGAGCUGGCGGGUCGGCCGUAUCGGGAGCUGUUCGAGGCCGUGGUGGCCCGUGGGUCGGUGCCGCUGGGGCUGUACCGCAGCAAGCCUGAGAACCCCGCCUGGCGGCUGCACUACGUGUCCACCAAUCCGGCCUGGGAGGACGUCGUGUCGCGAGAUGAUCAGGUCUUUGUGUUGCGACCCGCGGAGGGGCCGAAGGCCGGUUACGGUGACUCCCAGGAUGAUAACGAGGAGGUUGCGACGGACCCAGAGAUUGAAGUACUGGUACAAGCAACAUAUCCCGCUAGUGACGAUGAGGCUUUUAGUGACAGUGACUACGAGACCGACGUAGAACGAGAUACCGAUGAGUCGUCCGUGGAUGAGGAUUUUGAUGAUGAUGAGGAGGACGCGAAAGAGGAGCAGAAGGGAUGGGCGGCCGCGGCGGCCAAGGCGCUUGGCUUUCGCUGA